AUGGGCAGGUUAGCUGAAAUGCAGCGCAAGCUCUUGGAGCAAAUGAUGGGCCCAGAAGCCAUGGGUGUCGCAAAUGCCAAUCUCGUCUGGUCGGAUGAUAAAGUUUGCAGAAAUUUUCUCUGCGGGACAUGUCCGCAUGCACUCUUCACGAAUACUAAAAUGGACUUGGGAGCCUGCCCCAAGUCGCACACGGAGCGGCUCAAGACCGAGUACAAUGCGGCCAAAGAAGCCAAUCCAAAUGACCCCAUAUUCAAUAGGUUCCAGAUGGAGUACGAGUCGAACAUAUUUGCGUUCGUUGAUGAAUGUGACCGAAGAAUUCGAGCUGCACAUCGUAGGUUGGAAAAGACGCCGGAAGAGAAUGCAAAGACAACGAAUUUGAUGAAGGAAAUUGCUGAAAUCGAACUGGCCAUACAAGGAGGGACAGAGAAAAUCGAGACGCUUGGUGAACAAGGUCAAGUUGAUGAAUCCAUGCGCGAAAUGCAGGCCAUAGAAGCGCUGAAAAGUGAAAAGGGCGAAAAAGAGGUAUGCAGUCUGAUGAUCAGGGAGUUACAACAACUAACAGACACCUCUGGUGCUUCUGGUCACCAAAAGCUGCGAGUUUGUGAUGUCUGCGGCGCAUACCUUUCAGUACUUGAUUCCGAUCGUCGACUUGCCGAUCAUUUUGGGGGUAAAAUGCAUUUAGGUUACCAUGAGUUGCGGAACAUGUUGGCCAAGUUCCGUGAAGAACGAGAGAAACGCAAAGCUGCGCCACCAUCGUUAGCUCCUGCAUCGGGCGCCAACGGACCAUCUGGUGCAGCGUCUGGACGCUCUGGUGGAGAUUAUCGUUCCUCUCGAGGUGGCGACGAGUAUCGUGACCGGGAUAGGGAUCGUGGAUACAGUGACCGACACUCAUCGUCGCGCUACGAGUAA